CUUAGCUAUCUAAUGUCAGAAAAGACACUGAAUGUGGAUCCAACAAUUUGUAUUCAAUAACAUGUAUUUAGUGAUACAAAAGAUCAUCAGGGAAAAUGCCUACUUAACAGAUCUAGACAAUAAGCUAGAUUAUGAUGAAUUGCAUAAUCCACUAAACGUAGAGGAAACGUAAUCUCAGCUAGUGGAUUCAAUUUUUGGAAGUUGCAAUGUUAAAUCUCAGAAAGGUACUAUAUGCGAAGCUAGGAUUAUAGCAAGCAAAAUGAUUAGUUCAUCUGGAAAUGCUAGACCGACUUCGAAUCAACCUUAUGGCUCUUUAUUUAGAAGUGGAAUUUCUAAUUACACUGUUUCAGAUGAGGAUGAGAUCGAAAACAAUUCACAAGAGAUCAAAGAUCCCCAACAAGUGAAAUCCUAGAUUGAGACUGAUGCAAUUCAUUAUCUCAAACCUCCAGAAUUGAAAAAUCUAAAUAAUUUAGUAUCCUACGAAGACUUAAUGUAAAAAUGCCAACAACUCGAACUAAACUUGGAUGUUGAAAGGAAAAAAAAUCAAGAAUUAAAUGGUAAUAUUGAUAUCUGAAAUUUAGAUAUAAUUCUGGCUUAAAAUGAGAGAAUACAGGAACUCACAGAAAUAGAGAAGGCAGCUUACGAGUAAAUGGAUGGAAGACUUUAAGAAAUUUCUGAAUUGUAGGCCAAAUAUAUUUUGUUAGAAGGACAAAUGUAAGAGCUAAAAGAGAGUCAAGAGAAGGAAUUAAGUAAGGAAGACUUUAAUAUCAUUUUAGAAGCAAGAAUUAAGGGAUUCAUGGAUUAGAAUAAUACUUCGCAAAUGAAUGCCAUGCUAUGUAUUUUAGUGUGUUAUACUUAAUAGAAAUAAAGGAGAAGCAGAUUUAAUUAUUGCAAGGCUAAUUAAGUAGUCUUAGAGCAGCUACUUAGUAUAGAUCUUAAGGGAGCUAUCACAGUGCUUAGAGUCAUGAGAAUAUUUAAGACAGCAAAGUUGUCAAUCACAUUAUCAACAACACUAACAAUAAUUAGAUUAUCAUAAAAAAUGAAAUAUUCUAAAAAGGAAUGACUUCAUUACUUUAAAAACCAAAAACAUAAACACCCAAAAAAUAAUAAAUAAUUAAUUAGGAUUCUCAAUCCACCCAAAGAUCUAAGAAAGGAUUGAAUCAUAACAAACAAAAUUCAAAAGAUUCUAUUACUCAACCAUCUUCAUGGCUUGAUCAUCUACAAAAAAAGAAUGACGAAAAACUCAAAAAAUUGCAAAACCAACCCUCAGAGAAAGAAUUACAUUAGACUAUUUUAAAUAAUUCAAUAAAUGACAAUGUCCAUAAAUAUGUGCACACAGAUGGUACUAUCAUUAUUAAUAUUAAUUAGUGAAAAUUACUAAGGUAAAUAGCCCUGCUUUUUAAAGAAAAACUACAUAUUAAUUAACAACAGAUAAUGACAAUUAAGAUUAGUAAGAUUUUUUAAAGUAAAAAAGUCUAUAGAAUAAAUGA